AUGCCAUUAGAAAUUUUAAAAAAUGAAGAUCAAUAAAUGAAAUAAUCAUAAUCAGAAUAAAAUAGUUAAAUAUUUAUAAACAAAUUGAAUAAGCAUGUGAGAUAUUUAUCUUAAUAACCUUAAAUUGAAACUGAUUCUUAAUUAGAACAAGAUCAGAUUUCUGAGGAAAUAGAUGAUCCAGAAUUACCAUAAAAUAAUCUUCAUUAUUAGAAUAAACAUCUUAAAUUGGACAUUUCAAGAAUUCAGAAUCAAUAGAGUGAUGUAAAAGAAUCAGCACAUUUUCAGUCAUAGAAUAGUUUAGAUCAAUUAAAAUUCAAUGAAGAAUUUUUAGACUUAUUUAAAAAGUAAAGAGAAUUAAGUUAAUUUGGAUAGUUAUGUAAAAUAUAUUAUAUUUAAUUCUUAGGUUAAAAUAAAAUCAAAGAAUAAGAAAUGUUAAUAAAGAAAAUAAUAGAUAGUAGACCAAGUAAACCACACACAGAUGUAAAAACAUUUCUAUCUCUUCUGAAAAAGCCAUAGAUUGAAGUUCAGCAAGCUAAAAUUAUAUAAUAAAAUUAAUAGCCUGUAUAUCUGAUUCUUAUUAUUUUCUUCAUUAGCUUGAUUAGUAUUUAUAUAAUUGUUUGA